AUGGCGACUCGCUCUCUGGACACGAAGACGCUUCGUCCAAAGGCGCCUAUUCUAGUGAUGAUAUUGAGCUCGGAUAUGCUAGGGAAUGGGCAUGAACACUGCGACGACUACGCCUACCCUCGAACCGGACAGGCAUUUGUCGAACGGAGCUUGCGAGAGACGGAUGAUGCCGUCCAGAAUGAGCAACAGGAGUAUAGACAGCCGGCGCGUCCAGCCCCGACGGCUUCACGACGAACGCACUGGCUUGGCUUUACUCUACCUCGGCCUCUUUUCACCAUCACCGCCCUCGACGAACCCUACGAAGAUUGUAUCGGCCUGCCUAUCCGGGUCUUGAAUGCUCUGCGACUUCCCGAAUGGCUAACUGAGAAGCUCCGCAUACCGUUCCUUUACACCCCCUCGGCCGGCCUCAAUCGCUCCUCCGGACGGCGUGCGUCAUCAUCGGAAGCACAACGACCCAUGAUCGCUCGUGUCUAUGGUCGACGCCAGCGUAAUCCAUCCCACUGCGAACUGGCGCUAUUCUCAAAGUCGCAUCACUUCCACGAUUGGUUCGACGUCGUCAUUUACGCGCCGCUAUGCAUCUUCGAGGGUAGACGCCGACCCGAAUCAGGGCAGGAUCGAUCUUAG